GUUCCCUGCUAACGCUGUGCGUUAGCCUGCUAACUUGAGUUAGCCAUGGGGAAAUUAAAAAGUAUAGGUCUGCUCCUGUGGAUAUGUGGGUACAGUGCAGUGGAUAGCACAGAAGGCUACAAAAGAGAAGUGAAUGAUGCUGCUGUACUGACCUCCUGUGACUUCAACCAGGACAGCUCGCCAUUCUGUCAGUUCAAGCAGGAUAGCAGCACGGAUUACAGUGAUUGGACGAGAAAUAAAGGCGCCACCCCUUCAGAAGGAACGGGGCCCGAUGGUGACUACCCCAAUGGAAAGGGUUACUACAUCUACCAUGAAGGUGACAACGUAUCCAACGGGCAGAAGGCUCGUCUCCUCAGCCCCGCCCUCACAUCCACCUCAUCCCAGAUCUGUGUCCAGUUCCGCUACUACAUGUACGGCUAUGACAGCAACAACUACUUGCGUGUGCUAGCCAAGCGGCCCAGCUCUGAAGAGAAAGUCUGGGAGAAAAGGGGAAUACAGAGCCCUUCCUGGCUUGGAGCCUCCAUCACUGUGGCCAAACCCACGGAACAGACCCUAACCAUUGUAUUUGAGGCACAGCGAGGAACCAGCGGGUCAUGUGACACAGCCCUGGAUAACAUUGUCAUCAGUGACGGAGCUUGUCCAGCCUGUCUAACUGGUUGCGACUUUGACACCAUUGGCAACCUAUGUGGGUGGGAUGCCAAAGUACCUGCGAAUCCUGAUCUUUUUGGCUGGGAGCAAAACAAUGGACCAACUAACACCCCUGACACUGGUCCUAAUGAUGAUUUCUCCACACCAGGGCUGGGCUCCUAUCUGCUGAUGGACUCUGAGUACACUGUCCCUGAAGAGAAUGUUCAGCUGUGGAGCCCCUCCGUUGCCUCGACCGGAUGUCUGGAGCUCAGCUUCCAUUACUACAUGUGGGGAACAGCCACCAGAAUGAAGCUUGAAGUUCACGCUGUGACGGCAGGAGGAAGUCUCGGAGCCCCCAUCUUCUCCCUGACAGGGAACCAGGGACAGGGCUGGAAGCCUGCAGAGAUCCGCUACCUUGGUUCAUCUAACAUACAGUUUGUGAUUGUGGGCUUUUAUGGUGAGACCCCUGCGACGGACAUUGCUAUAGAUGCUGUCUGCAUCAAAGCCUGCACUGCUCCAAUCCCAACUACACCCAAACCGACAACAUCAAGACCAACUACACCCAAACCCCCAACCCCCAAACCCACGACCCCAGAACCACCAGUGAAGUGCCCUCCCAAUGCUGAGUACAUAGAGUGUGGCCCAGCCUGCAUUCCCAGCUGUAAGGAACCCUCUACUAACUGCAGUGGUUCCUGUAUCAGCGCUUGUUUCUGUAAGCCAGGCUUUGUGUUCAAAGGGAGACGCUGCGUCCGUACUGAAACUUGUGGUUGUCUGGAAGGAGGCGACUACUAUGAGCCAGGAGAGGUCAUCUUUGGUGAUGGCUGCUCCAAACUGUGUCGUUGUGCUGGUAACUACACCCUUGACUGUGUGGACAACUCCUGCUCUCCCACAGAGGAAUGCCGCAGUGGAGCCUGUUAUCCUAAAGACACUUCCACCUGUAUAGUGUCUGGUGACCCUCACUACACCACCUUCGACAGAAAGAACUACAACUUCAUGGGGAACUGCAGCUAUCUGAUAUCUGAACCUUGUAAUGACACGUCAGUGCCUCACUUUGAGGUGCACGCCGACAACGAGAACCGCUACAACCAGCCGACCAUCUCUUACCUGAAGGCCGUGCACGUGUACGUGCGCGGGGUGAAAAUCUCCAUUCUCAAGGGAGGCGUCGUGCAGUUGAACAGUACCAACGUGAACAUCCCCCUGACCCCAGCUCCAGGAGUGUCUGUACUACUGUCUGGUACUCUGUAUACUGUAGCCAUGAACUUUGGUGUCACCGUAAGAUACGAUGGAAAUCACUACAUGGACAUCAAAGUCAUUAAAGACUACAAGGACAAGCUUUGUGGACUGUGUGGAGACUACAAUGGAAACUCCAACGAUGACUUUAGGAAACCGGAUGGUUCUCUGACCACCAACCCCAAUGACUUUGGACACAGCUGGGUCACAGAUCCCAAUUGUAACAAGCCGCCCAACGUCACCACACCAGACUGUAGUUAUGCAGAACAGGACCGGUAUGAGAGCUCUGGAUACUGUGGUAUGCUACUGGACAAGAAUGGACCUUUUGCUGUCUGUCACCCCAAGGUCAACCCCAAUAAAUUCUUCAAGGACUGUGUGUUUGACCUGUGUGAACUGGGAGGUGCCAAGCCCAUUCUGUGUGAAGCCAUUGAGUCGUAUGUCAAUGAAUGUCAGGACCGAGGAGUCUCCUUAGGACCAUGGAGGAACAGCACCUUCUGCCCUCUGAAAUGCCCUGCCAACAGUCACUAUGUACCAUGCGCCGCCCCGUGCCAACCCACCUGUACCAAACCUCCCACGGGAUGUGACAGGCCCUGUUCAGAGGGAUGCGUGUGCGACUCUGGGUACAUCCUCAGCGCUGGGAAGUGUGUCAAAGAAAGCUCCUGUGGCUGCAAACACUCCAAUGGACAAUACUAUGAGCCUGGUGAAGAGUGGUACGUGGAGAACUGUCAAAUGAAGUGUGUCUGUAACGCUCCUUUCAUCAGCUGUAAUCCAUCUGACUGCCCCCCCAUGCACGAGUGUAAGGUGCAGGGAGGAGAGCUGGACUGCUACCCAAUCGGUUCUGAAGACUGUGUGAUCUCUGGAGACCCCCACUAUAACACCUUUGAUGAUAAGUUCUACACCUUCAUGGGGACCUGCACUUAUACCCUGGCCAGGGCCUGCAAGAACCACACCGGUCCGUGGUUCUCUGUGGAGGGUAAGAACGAGGAGCGAGGUCUGGCUGGAGUGUCCUAUCUGAAGAAACUUUAUGUUACUGUCGACGGAAUCACCGUCACACUGAUGAAGAGCAGGAAGACUUUGGUGAAUGGAAAGCGCGUGUCCCUCCCCAACUCCCCGUCUCCUCUCAUCUCUCUAUCGCUGGCGGGAGAGUACAUCACCCUGCAGACUUCGUUCGGCCUCAAGGUGCGCUGGGACGGAAACCACUACGCCCAGAUCUCAGUGCCAAGCUCCUACUCUGACCAGAUGUGUGGCCUGUGUGGUGGUUAUGACGGUAACCCUAACAACGACUUCACCAAGCCGGACGGAUCCCAGGUCACCAGCGCCAAGGACUUUGCAAACAGCUGGCAGACCAAAGAUGAUGAGGAUGCCAAUUGUAAACCCGACAUCAACCCUGACCCAGACUGUGACCCUUCACUGGAGGCGGAAGUAUCCAAACCAGAGAAGUGUGGGAAAUUAACUGACACCAAAGGACCUUUUAGGGAGUGCAUUGCGCUGGUGGACCCCACACCCUUCUUCCAGAGCUGUGUGUACGACAUGUGUCGUUUUGACGGCCAGCAGCAGAUGCUGUGUGACCAGCUUCAGGCCUACACUGAUGCCUGCCUGGGAGCAGGUGCCAAGGUCCAUCCCUGGAGGAAGCCAGACUUCUGCCCUCUGACCUGCCCUCCCAACAGUUCCUACUCCAUGUGUGUGAGCUCCUGUCCAGAGACCUGUCUGGGUGUCAGCGGACCCCCUGGCUGCUCCGAGGGGUGUGUGGAGGGGUGUAAGUGUAACCCCGGCUUCAUCCUCAGUGAUGACAAGUGUGUUCCGGUUAAAGACUGUGGCUGUGUUGACACCUCGGGAGAUUACCACGCUGUGGGUGAUAACUGGUACCUGGAGGGCUGUAAAGAGAAGUGUGUGUGUCUGGGUGAAGGUGUGAUACAGUGUCAAAACACCACCUGUUCCAUAACAGAAGGAUGUGGCCUGCAGGGUGGAGACUAUGGAUGCUAUCCACUGGAAACAGGAAUUUGCACAGUCCAGGGAGACCCUCACUACACCUCUUUUGAUAAGAGAGUUCAUCACUUCAUGGGUUCCUGCUCCUACACCCUCACCAAGCCCUGCAAUGAAACCUCCGGGAUGCCGUACUUCACCGUGGACACCCAGAACGAGCACCGAGGCGCUAACAAAGUUGUGUCUUACGUCCGAGCCGUUGUGGUUAAGGUGUACGGAAUCACCGUCGUCCUGGGUCAGGGACGCAAAAUACUGGUGAACGGAACACUUCUGACACCUCCUGUGACUCUGACCAAUGGGGUGAAGGUCUUUUUGAGUGGCAAGUUUGUUGUGUUGGAGACGACCUUUGGCCUGAGGGUGAGGUUUGAUGGUGACCACCACGCUGACGUCACUCUGCCCUCUUCCUACAACGGACUGCUCUGUGGACUUUGUGGAAACUUUAACGGCCAGCCUGGUGACGACAACAUCAAACCAGACGGUAAACCAGCCGGCAACACCAAUGAACUGGGAGAGAGCUGGCAGGUCCCUGACAACCGCCCGGACUGUACUCACGGUGGAGGAGAGGAGGAUUGUGAUCCUAAGGUGGAGGCAGAAGCUCAGAAACCCACCAGCUGUGGCAUGAUUAGUGACCCCAAAGGUAUCUUCAAGCCAUGCCAUGCAGUGGUUCCCCCCAACAUCUACCAGGAGAACUGUGUGUAUGAUCAAUGUGCUACAGGAGGGACUGUGGCUCUGUGUCAAGCUAUAGAGAGCUACGCUGACCUGUGUGCCUCAGCUGGAGUACAUAUCACCUGGAGGAACAACACCUUCUGUCCACUGAAGUGCCCCCCAGGCAGCCACUACAAUUCUUGUGGUAGCGCCUGUCCAUCCACCUGUUCAAACCUAAGUUCCAACUCCACCUGUAACCAACCUUGUGUGGAGGGCUGUGUGUGUGACACAGGUCUCAUUCUCAGUGGGGACAAGUGUGUCCCACCCAACCAGUGUGGCUGCACCGACAAGGAUAACAAUUACAGACCGGUGGGCCAUAACUGGUACCUGGAGGGCUGUAAAGAGAAGUGUGUGUGUCUGGGUGGAGGUGUGAUACAGUGUCACAACACCUCUUGUUCCAUAACAGAAGAAUGUGGCCUGCAGGGAGGAGAGUUAGGAUGUUACCCACUAGGAACAUCUACACCUCCAACUCCAGGACCAACUACACCUAAACCCCCAACUCCAGGACCAACUACACCUAAACCCCCAACUCCAGGACCAACUACACCUAAACCCCCAACUCCAGGACCAACUACACCUAAACCCCCAACUCCAGGACCAACUACACCUAAACCCCCAACUCCCAAACCCACGACCCCAGAACCACCAGUGAAGUGCCCUCCCAAUGCUGAGUACAUAGAGUGUGGCCCAGCCUGCAUUCCCAGCUGUAAGGAACCCUCUACUAACUGCAGUGGUUCCUGUAUCAGCGCUUGUUUCUGUAAGCCAGGCUUUGUGUUCAAAGGGAGACGCUGCGUCCGUACUGAAACUUGUGGUUGUCUGGAAGGAGGCGACUACUAUGAGCCAGGAGAGGUCAUCUUUGGUGAUGGCUGCUCCAAACUGUGUCGUUGUGCUGGUAACUACACCCUUGACUGUGUGGACAACUCCUGCUCUCCCACAGAGGAAUGCCGCAGUGGAGCCUGUUAUCCUAAAGACACUUCCACCUGUAUAGUGUCUGGUGACCCUCACUACACCACCUUCGACAGAAAGAACUACAACUUCAUGGGGAACUGCAGCUAUCUGAUAUCUGAACCUUGUAAUGACACGUCAGUGCCUCACUUUGAGGUGCACGCCGACAACGAGAACCGCUACAACCAGCCGACCAUCUCUUACCUGAAGGCCGUGCACGUGUACGUGCACGGGGUGAAAAUCUCCAUUCUCAAGGGAGGCGUCGUGCAGUUGAACAGUACCAACGUGAACAUCCCCCUGACCCCAGCUCCAGGAGUGUCUGUACUACUGUCUGGUACUCUGUAUACUGUAGCCAUGAACUUUGGUGUCACCGUAAGAUACGAUGGAAAUCACUACAUGGACAUCAAAGUCAUUAAAGACUACAAGGACAAGCUUUGUGGACUGUGUGGAGACUACAAUGGAAACUCCAACGAUGACUUUAGGAAACCGGAUGGUUCUCUGACCACCAACCCCAAUGACUUUGGACACAGCUGGGUCACAGAUCCCAAUUGUAACAAGCCGCCCAACGUCACCACACCAGACUGUAGUUAUGCAGAACAGGACCGGUAUGAGAGCUCUGGAUACUGUGGCAUGCUACUGGACAAGAAUGGACCUUUUGCUGUCUGUCACCCCAAGGUCAACCCCAAUAAAUUCUUCAAGGACUGUGUGUUUGACCUGUGUGAACUGGGAGGUGCCAAGCCCAUUCUGUGUGAAGCCAUUGAGUCGUAUGUCAAUGAAUGUCAGGACCGAGGAGUCUCCUUAGGACCAUGGAGGAACAGCACCUUCUGCCCUCUGAAAUGCCCUGCCAACAGUCACUAUGUACCAUGCGCCGCCCCGUGCCAACCCACCUGUUCCAAACCUCCCACGGGAUGUGACAGGCCCUGUUCAGAGGGAUGUGUGUGCGACUCUGGGUACAUCCUCAGCGCCGGGAAGUGUGUCAAAGAAAGCUCCUGUGGCUGCAAACACUCCGAUGGACAAUACUAUGAGCCUGGUGAAGAGUGGUACGUGGAGAACUGUCAAAUGAAGUGUGUCUGUAACGCUCCUUUCAUCAGCUGUAAUCCAUCUGACUGCCCCCCCAUGCACGAGUGUAAGGUGCAGGGAGGAGAGCUGGACUGCUACCCAAUCGGUUCUGAAGACUGUGUGAUCUCUGGAGACCCCCACUAUAACACCUUUGAUGAUAAGUUCUACACCUUCAUGGGGACCUGCACUUAUACCCUGGCCAGGGCCUGCAAGAACCACACCGGUCCGUGGUUCUCUGUGGAGGGUAAGAACGAGGAGCGAGGUCUAGCUGGAGUGUCCUAUCUGAAGAAACUUUAUGUUACUGUCGACGGAAUCACCGUCACACUGAUGAAGAGCAGGAAGACUUUGGUGAAUGGAAAGCGCGUGUCCCUCCCCAACUCCCCGUCUCCUCUCAUCUCUCUAUCGCUGGCGGGAGAGUACAUCACCCUGCAGACUUCGUUCGGCCUCAAGGUGCGCUGGGACGGAAACCACUACGCCCAGAUCUCAGUGCCAAGCUCCUACUCUGACCAGAUGUGUGGCCUGUGUGGUGGUUAUGACGGUAACCCUAACAACGACUUCACCAAGCCGGACGGUUCCCAGGUCACCAGCGCCAAGGACUUUGCAAACAGCUGGCAGACCAAAGAUGAUGAGGAUGCCAAUUGUAAACCCGACAUCAACCCUGACCCAGACUGUGACCCUUCACUGGAGGCGGAAGUAUCCAAACCAGAGAAGUGUGGGAAAUUAACUGACACCAAAGGACCUUUUAGGGAGUGCAUUGCGCUGGUGGACCCCACACCCUUCUUCCAGAGCUGUGUGUACGACAUGUGUCGUUUUGACGGCCAGCAGCAGAUGCUGUGUGACCAGCUUCAGGCCUACACUGAUGCCUGCCUGGGAGCAGGUGCCAAGGUCCAUCCCUGGAGGAAGCCAGACUUCUGCCCUCUGACCUGCCCUCCCAACAGUUCCUACUCCAUGUGUGUGAGCUCCUGUCCAGAGACCUGUCUGGGUGUCAGCGGACCCCCUGGCUGCUCCGAGGGGUGUGUGGAGGGGUGUAAGUGUAACCCCGGCUUCAUCCUCAGUGAUGACAAGUGUGUUCCGGUUAAAGACUGUGGCUGUGUUGACACCUCGGGAGAUUACCACGCUGUGGGUGAUAACUGGUACCUGGAGGGCUGUAAAGAGAAGUGUGUGUGUCUGGGUGAAGGUGUGAUACAGUGUCACAGCACCACCUGUUCCAUAACAGAAGGAUGUGGCCUGCAGGGUGGAGACUACGGAUGCUAUCCACUGGAAACAGGAAUUUGCACAGUCCAGGGAGACCCUCACUACACCUCUUUUGAUAAGAGAGUUCAUCACUUCAUGGGUUCCUGCUCCUACACCCUCACCAAGCCCUGCAAUGAAACCUCCGGGAUGCCGUACUUCACCGUGGACACCCAGAACGAGCACCGAGGCGCUAACAAAGUUGUGUCUUACGUCCGAGCCGUUGUGGUUAAGGUGUACGGAAUCACCGUCGUCCUGGGUCAGGGACGCAAAAUACUGGUGAACGGAACACUUCUGACACCUCCUGUGACUCUGACCAAUGGGGUGAAGGUCUUUUUGAGUGGCAAGUUUGUUGUGUUGGAGACGACCUUUGGCCUUAGGGUGAGGUUUGAUGGUGACCACCACGCUGACGUCACUCUGCCCUCUUCCUACAACGGACUGCUCUGUGGACUUUGUGGAAACUUUAACGGCCAGCCCGGUGACGACAACAUCAAACCAGACGGUAAACCAGCCGGCAACACCAAUGAACUGGGAGAGAGCUGGCAGGUCCCUGACAACCGCCCGGACUGUACUCACGGUGGAGGAGAGGAGGAUUGUGAUCCUAAGGUGGAGGCAGAAGCUCAGAAACCCACCAGCUGUGGCAUGAUUAGUGACCCCAAAGGUAUCUUCAAGCCGUGCCAUGCAGUGGUUCCCCCCAACAUCUACCAGGAGAACUGUGUGUAUGAUCAAUGUGCUACAGGAGGGACUGUGGCUCUGUGUCAAGCUAUAGAGAGCUACGCUGACCUGUGUGCCUCAGCUGGAGUACAUAUCACCUGGAGGAACAACACCUUCUGUCCACUGAAGUGCCCCCCAGGCAGCCACUACAAUUCUUGUGGUAGCGCCUGUCCAUCCACCUGUUCAAACCUAAGUUCCAACUCCACCUGUAACCAACCUUGUGUGGAGGGCUGUGUGUGUGACACAGGUCUCAUUCUCAGUGGGGACAAGUGUGUCCCACCCAACCAGUGUGGCUGCACCGACAAGGAUAACAAUUACAGACCGGUGGGCCAUAACUGGUACCUGGAGGGCUGUAAAGAGAAGUGUGUGUGUCUGGGUGGAGGUGUGAUACAGUGUCACAACACCUCUUGUUCCAUGACAGAAGAAUGUGGUCUGCAGGGAGGAGAGUUAGGAUGUUACCCACUAGGAACAUCUACACCCCCAACUCCAGGACCAACUACACCUAAACCCCCAACUCCCAAACCCACGACCCCAGAACCACCAGUGAAGUGCCCUCCCAAUGCUGAGUACAUAGAGUGUGGCCCAGCCUGCAUUCCCAGCUGUAAGGAACCCUCUACUAACUGCAGUGGUUCCUGUAUCAGCGCUUGUUUCUGUAAGCCAGGCUUUGUGUUCAAAGGGAGACGCUGCGUCCGUACUGAAACUUGUGGUUGUCUGGAAGGAGGCGACUACUAUGAGCCAGGAGAGGUCAUCUUUGGUGAUGGCUGCUCCAAACUGUGUCGUUGUGCUGGUAACUACACCCUUGACUGUGUGGACAACUCCUGCUCUCCCACAGAGGAAUGCCGCAGUGGAGCCUGUUAUCCUAAAGACACUUCCACCUGUAUAGUGUCUGGUGACCCUCACUACACCACCUUCGACAGAAAGAACUACAACUUCAUGGGGAACUGCAGCUAUCUGAUAUCUGAACCUUGUAAUGACACGUCAGUGCCUCACUUUGAGGUGCAAGCCGACAACGAGAACCGCUACAACCAGCCGACCAUCUCUUACCUGAAGGCCGUGCACGUGUACGUGCGCGGGGUGAAAAUCUCCAUUCUCAAGGGAGGCGUCGUGCAGUUGAACAGUACCAACGUGAACAUCCCCCUGACCCCAGCUCCAGGAGUGUCUGUACUACUGUCUGGUACUCUAUAUACUGUAGCCAUGAACUUUGGUGUCACCGUAAGAUACGAUGGAAAUCACUACAUGGACAUCAAAGUCAUUAAAGACUACAAGGACAAGCUUUGUGGACUGUGUGGAGACUACAAUGGAAACUCCAACGAUGACUUUAGGAAACCGGAUGGUUCUCUGACCACCAACCCCAAUGACUUUGGACACAGCUGGGUCACAGAUCCCAAUUGUAACAAGCCGCCCAACGUCACCACACCAGACUGUAGUUAUGCAGAACAGGACCGGUAUGAGAGCUCUGGAUACUGUGGCAUGCUACUGGACAAGAAUGGACCUUUUGCUGUCUGUCACCCCAAGGUCAACCCCAAUAAAUUCUUCAAGGACUGUGUGUUUGACCUGUGUGAACUGGGAGGUGCCAAGCCCAUUCUGUGUGAAGCCAUUGAGUCGUAUGUCAAUGAAUGUCAGGACCGAGGAGUCUCCUUAGGACCAUGGAGGAACAGCACCUUCUGCCCUCUGAAAUGCCCUGCCAACAGUCACUAUGUACCAUGCGCCGCCCCGUGCCAACCCACCUGUUCCAAACCUCCCACGGGAUGUGACAGGCCCUGUUCAGAGGGAUGUGUGUGCGACUCUGGGUACAUCCUCAGCGCCGGGAAGUGUGUCAAAGAAAGCUCCUGUGGCUGCAAACACUCCGAUGGACAAUACUAUGAGCCUGGUGAAGAGUGGUACGUGGAGAACUGUCAAAUGAAGUGUGUCUGUAACGCUCCUUUCAUCAGCUGUAAUCCAUCUGACUGCCCCCCCAUGCACGAGUGUAAGGUGCAGGGAGGAGAGCUGGACUGCUACCCAAUCGGUUCUGAAGACUGUGUGAUCUCUGGAGACCCCCACUAUAACACCUUUGAUGAUAAGUUCUACACCUUCAUGGGGACCUGCACUUAUACCCUGGCCAGGGCCUGCAAGAACCACACCGGUCCGUGGUUCUCUGUGGAGGGUAAGAACGAGGAGCGAGGUCUGGCUGGAGUGUCCUAUCUGAAGAAACUUUAUGUUACUGUCGACGGAAUCACCGUCACACUGAUGAAGAGCAGGAAGACUUUGGUGAAUGGAAAGCGCGUGUCCCUCCCCAACUCCCCGUCUCCUCUCAUCUCUCUAUCGUUGGCGGGAGAGUACAUCACCCUGCAGACUUCGUUCGGCCUCAAGGUGCGCUGGGACGGAAACCACUACGCCCAGAUCUCAGUGCCAAGCUCCUACUCUGACCAGAUGUGUGGCCUGUGUGGUGGUUAUGACGGUAACCCUAACAACGACUUCACCAAGCCGGACGGUUCCCAGGUCACCAGCGCCAAGGACUUUGCAAACAGCUGGCAGACCAAAGAUGAUGAGGAUGCCAAUUGUAAACCCGACAUCAACCCUGACCCAGACUGUGACCCUUCACUGGAGGCGGAAGUAUCCAAACCAGAGAAGUGUGGGAAAUUAACUGACACCAAAGGACCUUUUAGGGAGUGCAUUGCGCUGGUGGACCCCACACCCUUCUUCCAGAGCUGUGUGUACGACAUGUGUCGUUUUGACGGCCAGCAGCAGAUGCUGUGUGACCAGCUUCAGGCCUACACUGAUGCCUGCCUGGGAGCAGGUGCCAAGGUCCAUCCCUGGAGGAAGCCAGACUUCUGCCCUCUGACCUGCCCUCCCAACAGUUCCUACUCCAUGUGUGUGAGCUCCUGUCCAGAGACCUGUCUGGGUGUCAGCGGACCCCCUGGCUGCUCCGAGGGGUGUGUGGAGGGGUGUAAGUGUAACCCCGGCUUCAUCCUCAGUGAUGACAAGUGUGUUCCGGUUAAAGACUGUGGCUGUGUUGACACCUCGGGAGAUUACCACGCUGUGGGUGAUAACUGGUACCUGGAGGGCUGUAAAGAGAAGUGUGUGUGUCUGGGUGAAGGUGUGAUACAGUGUCAAAACACCACCUGUUCCAUAACAGAAGGAUGUGGCCUGCAGGGUGGAGACUAUGGAUGCUAUCCACUGGAAACAGGAAUUUGCACAGUCCAGGGAGACCCUCACUACACCUCUUUUGAUAAGAGAGUUCAUCACUUCAUGGGUUCCUGCUCCUACACCCUCACCAAGCCCUGCAAUGAAACCUCCGGGAUGCCGUACUUCACCGUGGACACCCAGAACGAGCACCGAGGCGCUAACAAAGUUGUGUCUUACGUCCGAGCCGUUGUGGUUAAGGUGUACGGAAUCACCGUCGUCCUGGGUCAGGGACGCAAAAUACUGGUGAACGGAACACUUCUGACACCUCCUGUGACUCUGACCAAUGGAGUGAAGGUCUUUUUGAGUGGCAAGUUUGUUGUGUUGGAGACGACCUUUGGCCUGAGGGUGAGGUUUGAUGGUGACCACCACGCUGACGUCACUCUGCCCUCUUCCUAUAACGGACUGCUCUGUGGACUUUGUGGAAACUUUAACGGCCAGCCCGGUGACGACAACAUCAAACCAGACGGUAAACCAGCCAGCAACACCAAUGAACUGGGAGAGAGCUGGCAGGUCCCUGACAACCGCCCGGACUGUACUCACGGUGGAGGAGAGGAGGAUUGUGAUCCUAAGGUGGAGGCAGAAGCUCAGAAACCCACCAGCUGUGGCAUGAUUAGUGACCCCAAAGGUAUCUUCAAGCCGUGCCAUGCAGUGGUUCCCCCCAACAUCUACCAGGAGAACUGUGUGUAUGAUCAAUGUGCUACAGGAGGGACUGUGGCUCUGUGUCAAGCUAUAGAGAGCUACGCUGACCUGUGUGCCUCAGCUGGAGUACAUAUCACCUGGAGGAACAACACCUUCUGUCCACUGAAGUGCCCCCCAGGCAGCCACUACAAUUCUUGUGGUAGCGCCUGUCCAUCCACCUGUUCAAACCUAAGUUCCAACUCCACCUGUAACCAACCUUGUGUGGAGGGCUGUGUGUGUGACACAGGUCUCAUUCUCAGUGGGGACAAGUGUGUCCCACCCAACCAGUGUGGCUGCACCGACAAAGAUAACAAUUACAGACCGGUGGGCCAUAACUGGUACCUGGAGGGCUGUAAAGAGAAGUGUGUGUGUCUGGGUGGAGGUGUGAUACAGUGUCACAACACCUCUUGUUCCAUAACAGAAGAAUGUGGCCUGCAGGGAGGAGAGUUAGGAUGUUACCCACUAGAAAGGGGAAUUUGCACAGUCCAGGGAGACCCUCACUACACCUCUUUUGAUAAGAGAGUUCAUCACUUCAUGGGUUCCUGCUCCUACACCCUCACCAAGCCCUGCAAUGAAACCUCCGGGAUGCCGUACUUCACCGUGGACACCCAGAACGAGCACCGAGGCGCUAACAAAGUUGUGUCUUACGUCCGAGCCGUUGUGGUUAAGGUGUACGGAAUCACCGUCAUCCUGGGAAAAGGACGCAAAAUACAGGUGAACGGAACAAGGGUGACCCCAUCCGUGACUCUCGCCAACGAGGUGAAGAUCUACCUGAGCGGGAAGUUUGUUGUCUUGGAGACGACCUUUGGCCUGAGGGUGAGGUAUGAUGGUAAUCACCAUGCUGACGUCACUCUGCCCUCUUCCUACAACGGACUGCUCUGUGGACUUUGUGGAAACUUUAACGGCCAGCCCGGUGACGACAACAUCAAACCAGACGGUAAACCAGCCGGCAACACCAAUGAACUGGGAGAGAGCUGGCAGGUCCCUGACAACCGCCCGGACUGUACUCACGGUGGAGGAGAGGAGGAUUGUGAUCCUAAGGUGGAGGCAGAAGCUCAGAAACCCACCAGCUGUGGCAUGAUUAGUGACCCCAACGGUAUCUUCAAGCCGUGCUAUGCAGUGGUUCCCCCCAACAUCUACCAGGAGAACUGUGUGUAUGAUCAAUGUGCUACAGGAGGAGAGACUGUGGCUCUGUGUCAAGCUAUAGAGAGCUACGCUGACCUGUGUGCCUCAGCUGGAGUACAUAUCACUUGGAGGAACAACACCUUCUGUCCUCUGAAGUGCCCCCCAGGCAGCCACUACGAUUCUUGUGGUAGCGCCUGUCCAUCCAGUUGCCAGAACCCUAACUUCAACUCCACCUGUAACCAACCUUGUGUGGAGGGCUGUGUGUGUGACACAGGUCUCAUUCUCAGUGGGGACAAGUGUGUCCCACCCAACCAGUGUGGCUGCACCGACAAGGAUAACAAUUACAGACCGGUGGGAGAUAGUUGGUUCACACAGCUGGACUGUUCAGAGCGCUGUAAAUGUAACACUGGAAACAACAUCACCUGCGAACCGUGGCUUUGUAGCCCCGCCCAAAAGUGUGAAGUGGAGGAGGGAGAGUUGGGGUGUGUCUCCACAGGUUUGGGUGUCUGUCACGUGGCUGGAGACCCUCACUACUACACAUUUGAUGGCCUCAUGCACACCUUUAUGGGCACUUGUACCUACACCCUGGUGGAGGUGUGUAACUCCACCAUGGUCACUCCGUUCACCAUCGUGGCGAAGAACGAGGAGCGCGGCCAACCGGAGGCUUCGUAUGUGCGCUCCGUCACAGUAUACCUCCCCAAUGCUAAUGUCACACUUGAGAAGAGCCACAGGGUCCUGCUGGAUGGACGCAGGGUGCGAACUCCUCUGUCCAUCCCCGUGGCCAAGGCCAAGGUGCUGAGUAGUGGUGUCUACAUUCUUCUGGACACUGACUUUGGCCUGAAGGUCAAGUUCGAUGGAGUCCACCAUUUGGAGAUCACCAUUCCUGGAGAAUACUUUAACAAGGUGUGUGGAAUGUGCGGUAACUUCAACAUGAACAGCUCUGACGACAAACUGAAGCCGGACGGUCAGCCCGCCAAGGACGCGAUCGAACUGGGCAACAGCUGGAAGUCGGAAGGAGACUCUGACCCAGGUUGCUCCCCCGACACGCGUCCCGACGUCCACCCUAACUGCACGGCGGAGGAAGAGAAGCAGUUCGAGUCCUUGUGUUCUUCCAUCGUCCUUGGAGACAAGUUCAAGCCCUGCCACUCUCUGCUGCCCCCCGAGGCCUUCCUGGGGAACUGCGUGUACGACAUGUGCGAAUACGACGGCAUGCAGGCCACUCUCUGCGACAACGUGGACGCCUACGCCCAGGCCUGCAAGUCAGCCGGGGUUACCAUCAAAUGGAGGAACAACACAUUCUGUCCCCUGCCGUGCCCCCCCAACAGCCACUACUCUGACUGCACACCCCCCUGCCCCCCCACCUGCUCGGACCUCUUCCCCAUCCUCUGCCACUUGCCUUCCACUGCCUGUAUUGAGGGGUGCCAGUGCGACCCUGGCUUUGUCCUCAGUGACGGGAAAUGCGUUCCUCUGGCCAAUUGUGGCUGUGUGGACUUGACGGACGAGUACCAUGACGUGGGAGACUCUUGGUUGACAGACCACUGUAUACAGAAGUGUACCUGUAACCUGGGAGGCUCCAUUUCUUGUUUGGACUUCAAAUGCGAUGACAAGUCGGUCUGCGCUCUGGACAAAUACGGAGAGCUCUACUGCAGACCUGAGGAGUUUGACAAGUGCAUCAUCCAGGGCGACCCCCACUACCGUACGUUCGACGGGAUGUCCCACCACUACCAGGGCCCGUUCACCUACGUCCUGACCCAGAGCCACUCCCUGCCCAGCACCCAGGCCUCCCUGCAGGUCAGGGGGAAGAACGUCCGUCGUGGUGGCCUCAAAAAGAUCUCCUACCUGGACGAGGUGUACGUGGACGUCUAUGGGGUCAGCGUCCGUUUCCUGCAGAAGAACGUGGUGCUGGUGAAUGGUGAGCGCGUUGCGCCUCCUUUCAGUCCUAAAGACGGCUUGAGCAUCACUAUGAACUCUAAGAGCGUCCAGCUGGUCACUGACUUUGGCAUGACCGUCCGCUUUGACGGCAAAAUCCAUGGAGAGGUGAUCCUACCCAGCACCUACAAGGACAGGGUGAGGGGUCUGUGUGGAAACUACGACGGGAACUCCAGGAAUGAGUACACGAAACCUGACGGGGCGGUGACCCAGAAACUGGACGAGUUCGGAGACAGCUGGCGGGUGAAUGACAGGCAGGGGGUGGAGCUAGCCACCUCAGACAUCCCCAGCGCUGUGCAACGGUACAGACGUGAAGUGGAGAACGACCCAAAUACAGGCUUCGAUACGACCGGUUGUACUGACGCUGAACUGGCCGAGUUCCAAAGUACCAAACAGUGCGGGGCGCUCUCCGACCCGUCGGGGCCCUUUGCCGCGUGUCACGGGCUACUGUCACCCGUCAGCUUCCAGGAGGACUGUGUUUUUGACCUGUGUGCUGACCGGGAGACCGCCUCGCUGCGUUGUUCCAGCUAUGAGGUAUAUGCCCUGGCAUGCCAGGAAGCCGGAGUCAGGUUGGGCAAGUGGAGGCAACAGCUCAACUGUGCCCUGACCUGCAUGGCCAACAGUACCUAUUCAGAAUGCAUGUCCCCUUGCCCCGCGUCCUGUGGGAACCUGGCCGCGCCCUCCAACUGUGACCUCACCAGCUGUGUUGAGGGAUGCCAGUGUGCGCCCGGAUUCGCCAUGAGCACCAGCAGCUGUGUGCCCUACCCCGAGUGUGGCUGCACCUACUUGAAUAGAUACUACCUGCUUAAUGAGAACUUUGUGACAGAGGACUGCACGCUGUCCUGCGUGUGUACACCCUUGGGGGCCGUGUGUCAACCCAAAGCCUGCCCCGACACACACGUCUGCACCGUCUUCGAAUUUAAACGGGACUGCUACCGAAGGAGCCCCUGUCUGUCUGAUCCUUGUCAAAAUGGAGGAAUAUGUUCUGAAGAGGGAGACUCAGUCACCUGCCAGUGUAAAGAGGGCUUUGAGGGACCAUGGUGUGAGCUGGAGAAAACAGAGACCAGCAGUGGCCUUGAUGAGACAACGAUCAUUCUCAUCGCCGUCCUGGUGCCUUUGGGCGUCAUCGUCAUUAUACUGAUCUGUGUACUGUGCUACAAAUACUGCAAAUCGAGAAGAAAGUCAUACGACUCCGACAGCUCAAAUUCAAGUAUCCAGUAUCACAUGCAUCUCCAAGGCGACCACAAAUACGACAACCUGGAUAUGAAAACAAGCCACAAUGCCACUCCCAUGUAGACAGGGGAAAAAGAGAGAAUUCAACAGUUUCAAGUUUACUGGAGGAUGGAUGUACAUACACACACCACACAGUCACAAAUACACACAGAAUAGAUCACAGUCUGUAAUGUGAACAGUUGUCUCGUUUGUUUUUGUUGAAUUUCUGAAUAUCUGAAUAUCUUUAUAGUCAAUAUUAUCUAGCUGCGUUAACUUAUUCAUGCUAUCAUUGUUUUAAUUUGAGAAUGUAUGAGCUGUCGUUAUGAAUGAUCCAGGGACCUGAGGUGUAAUUCGUUGAAUUUAAUUAAUUAAAUGAUGCUGCUGCAAGCAUAACAUCA